GAGGACAGCGUGACUGGCUGCAGGUGCUGUGUACAGCAGGUCCAGCAAGUGUGAUGAGUGUGGUGUACUUGUUCGAGUGUGGUGCUGGUGAACAUCACCUCGACCUGCGUCACCACACACAUGCCUCCCUCAUCACCAUCGCUGUACUCGGAAGCUUGUCGUGUGCAGCGGGCGACACGUUCUCGUCGGAGGUGGGCACCGUGGUGGGCGCUGGCGACCCCCUCCUCAUAACCACCUUCAGGAGGGUGCCCAGGGGCACCAACGGUGGUGUCAGCUUGUGGGGCACCGUGGCGAGUGGUGUGGGUGGUGCGUUGGUUGGUGCAGCGCACUACCUCACCCUGGUGGUGGUGAUGCAUCACCCUGCACCACCACCGUCAUCACCACCACAGUCCAGCCUCGUGCUGCUGGGCGCCCUGGGCGGCGUACUGGGNACCAUCUGCUGA